AUGGCCACUGUGAUAAUUUGGAGAUUUCCAAGCAGGAUCUGCAGGACAUCUACAUUCUCAACCACAGCCAAGAACCAAACCAAGAAAACACAGCCCCCUCAAACCCCACAAGAUUGUGUUCAGACCCCCAAGAGAUCAAACAUUAAACCCAAACCUGCUGCCACUCUCAAGCUCUUGAAUCCUCCAGAUUACCGAGUAUUGUACAAGCCCCUUGCCUAUAAAAGUACUAAAAGAGUGGCCUGUGGAACAGAGAGCAGCACAACACAUGGCGACCAAAGUCCUCCAGAAAAGGAUAGCUCAGAUGUUUCUGAAAAGCAAAUCCAGAACACUUAUUGUGGUCCACUCUUCUCGUUAAUGCCAAGGACCAGAAGUGCUUUUUUGGUUUUGGAGACCAAUGGCUCUGCUCCUCGGCCUAGUGUGGUAGGCUUGGCAAACUAAAGGUAACAAAAAGAUGAUGUUCAAGAAGUUGAUAUAGAAACUUUCGACACCUUUGAAGACCCCAGAUUUUUCCUCAAGCUACGGCCUGAGUACCAGCAUCACACUUACAGCAUAUCUGAGGCUUGCCAGGCCCUGCCCAUUGAGGAGGGUGAUCAUUUGCACAAAGUGACAGUAUUGCAAAAUAAUCUUCGCCCCAAACCAUCGCUGUACUACUUUGGCAAAUUGAGCUCUUUGCCCUGGAGCAGCGCUCUCUGUACUCUUGAACAAUAUACAUUUACCAUACUGUGCAGAUAGCUAGACAACCUACGACUCUUUGAUGCCUCGGACCUAAUAGGUAUCUUGAAAGGCGUUUGUUCGAUGGAGAUCCCUUGCUCCCACCAAUGCUAGUCUCUGUAUGAGGGAGAAUUUUGCCGUCGGGUGUGGGAUAUGAGCCUGGAUGCUUUAUUGGUGGGUGACCUGUGGCGGUGCUUAGGUCACAGUGUACCAUCCUUUUUAAAGAUAUUUUUUAGUUAUCUUAACUUGCAUUGGAAAGAUCUCUCCUUGUCCACGCUGGUGCAACUUAAUUUAUAUUAUUGGUGAAAGGUCGUCAAGUGCCUCAGGAACUUAAUGCAGAAACUAGAGUCCUUGGUUCUCAAGUAUUUGGAUUUAUUCAAUUUAGAAGAGUUUGACAUCUGUUUAGGCUUCUUCAAAACAAACAGCAGCCUUUCUGAGCACGUCAUGCGCAAAAUUGGUGACAAAGUUUUGUGUUCAGAUGCAGCUUUGAGCAACUAUGCCCUGGUGAACAUACUGAAAAUGUUUCGCUUUACUCGUGAUCACGUGGAUUUCAUGAAGCAGUUUGGACAGAUUGCUCUCAGCGCAUCCCUUCCCAUGGGGGUCCAGGGUGUCAUGCACCUAACUCUUGCCUGCUCAUCCUUACGCUUUCUGGAUGAAAGGGUCAUGAAUGCUUGGGCUGAUUCAUUCAUUCUUCCAGGGCAACCAUAUUGUCGUAGCAAAGAUGUGGCAAAAAUUUUGUGGUCUUUGGGAACUUUGAAUUAUGAGCCACCUAAUGCUGAAAACUUUUAUUCCAGCCUGAUAGGUGAGAUUCACAGAAAGAUGCCUGAGUUUAGCAACUUCCCUGACCACUUGUUCACUAGUUUGCUAGGCUUGGCAUUUACUGAACGCUUUCCACUGGAUCUUUUUAAUUUUGCCUUGAGUCCAGAAUUUCUCAGGCUAGCUAUGGAGAGAAGUAUUGAGCUCACCAAAGAACUGUAUACUCUUGAUGGCACUAUUGGGAUUGAGUGCCCAGAUUACAAAGGCAAUCGUCUUAAUGCUGAGCUGCAGCAAGAGGGGGCAGCAAUGCUAUAUUUAGCAAACAAACAUAUGACCUCCAAGCCUGAAUUCCUAGAAGCUCUCUUCUUACUUCAGACUAUUUUAGGGGGACCUCAGUAUAUCAAACAUCAUAUGAUUUUGCCUCAUACACGAUCAUCUGAUUUAGAAGUUCAGCUUGAUAUCAAUAAUAAACCACUCCCUUUUAACCAGGAAGCCAUAACAAGCGAUGUGACUAACUGUCACCUGAACCAUGCAGGAGGUCAGUCUUCAGAUGAUUUGAUAACUCGGCUUCUAAAGGGAAAAUCAAGCACGUGUCUUCAUGCUGAGGCAGAGGCCAGAGUGAGACCCAGGAGAGGCAGGGAAAAGCCACUGCCGCUGGGUAACAGCUUGCCGGGAUUGGGGGCCCCAGAAGUGAGCAGUUUGUUCCUAACAGGGCCACAGGCAGGAGUGUCCAAAUUGGCCAUUCAGGUGACACAAUAGGAAUUCAGUUUUUGCUAUGGUUCCAGGCACCUGCUUGUGCACAACAUGAAGAGGAGACAGCUGAGAAAGGCUUGGGUACACUGUGUGGAGCUGGCCUUCUGGGAGUGGUUUCCUUUAUCCAAACAGGACACGUUCCGAGAAGCUCUCCUAUCUCAUGAGAAAGUGUUCAACACUGGCUUCUGAAGCAUCAGAGAUCUGCCGACAUCAUUUCACGUUGCAGUUAGUAGGUGGCACACUCCUCCUUACACUUUGAGAUAAUUGUGCCAGCCCAAAGUGAAGUGAGGCAAACCACAUUUCCAUCAUUGCUAGAUCAAAGAGGAAAUAAUGGACUUCUAUCCAUGUGACCUUUCCUCUGACAAGGUUGAAAAAAUGCAGUAAACCAGAAUUAGUAUUGAUUUUUUUGAUGAUUGGAGUGAUGUUUGC